UCCGCGAUCCGCUGCAGUAGUGACCAUGGCAUUAGGCAUUACAGCCGCUGUCUGUAUCGUUUGACAGUCCGAGCUGAGCUUGCUUCUUGGAAAAAGCAAAUCGAAUCAAUGGUCGACUUGCAUAGAUGAGGAGAUGCGGAAAGCGCAAUCUGCAAUGGACGAAAUGGGAGUGGACCAAGUAACGUUAGUUCCAUGCUGACUGCUAUGUGCCUCAGCGUUCGAUCCUUUCCUCGUCAACUGCAUGCAUGGGACGCGAUCGUCGGCUGGAUGCAGCUAGCUGUUAGCGCGUGACUCUUGCAAAGAGCUACCCACGCCACAGACGGAAGAAAUUUGUAACUCACCAUCGAGUUUUGCAGGGCAGACUGCAGCAGGAAGAGAGAACGGUGGAGACUGGAUAAUAAUUCGAGAUAAUGACAACUGCAGGUAGCCAGCCUGCUGGCUUGGGCGCGCAGAUACUGAAGACGUUCAAACCCACCAUCUCCGAUCAGACGCGCUUCGGUGCCGGCUGCCGUGACAAUGCCACGCAGACGGAACGCUCCGACAUUGUCCAGCUGGAGGAGACGUUCGCCACGCUGGAAAACAUCCUGCGCAUGGCGUCAGCGUUGAAGAAGGAGCUUACCAUGGCUACCUACUCGCUGCGUAUGGAGUCGAAAACGUUGAUCAGCGAUCACGCCACCGAGCUCUACCACCACGCCAACAAUCGCCUGAUGGAGAUGGAGAAACGACAUCGCGAACAGACCGACAUGCUACGGCGCAGCUUCCGCACGCAGCUGAGCGACGCCGUGGCGCGCAUUUCCGCCGAGUACAAGAACUACUAUGAUGAAAUCCUGUCCGGCAAGACUGGCCGCCACGAUCGUAAAAUCCGCGAGCUGACUCUGACUUGUAAUGAACAGCAUGCCACGAUCAAGCAGAACGAAACAGUCAUACAGAUGCUGCAGAGUCAAAUCCAAAAGCUGGCGGCGGACGCACGCACCGAGCCAGCCGAGCCGGAAUCAGUGAUCGUAGAGGCCGAGCCGCAGGGAGUGUUGAGUCAGGAGGAGGCUGAUGAGCUGCACGCCACCAUAGAGAACCUGCAGCUACGCGUGCGCGAGCUGCAGAUGGAGGCGAGCGACCGCGACUCCGGCCACAAGAACCUGCAGCGCUCCCUCAGCGACGCCAAGGAGCAGCUGGAGCUGGAGCGUGCCAAGGUGAGUCGCUUGACGUCGGAGCUGGACGGAGAGCGACGCAACGCGGCUGCCGAGGGUGCCCGCUCCGCCGCCGACGCACACGCGCAGAUCGCCGCGCUGAAGGAGCAGCUGCGCGAGCAGAAGGAACGCCUGGAGCAGGAGGCUGACGAGCGGCUGCAGAGCAUGCUGGCUAACGCACAGUCGACGGCCGCUGCCAAGCUGCAGGCAGAGCUCGCCAAGCAGCGGGAGAUCGAGGAGAAGCUGCGCCGGGAACGCGACGCCCUGGCCGGCCAGGACUCCUCCAAGAUCGUCAAGCAGCUGCAGGACCAGGCGCUGCACCUGCAGCAGACCAUCGUGAAACUGCAGCGCGAGAUCAAGGCCAUCAACGAGCGGUGGCAGCUGCGAAUGGACAUCAUGGAACGUAGGCUGACCGGCGUACGGGAGGAGAGUCUCCUGCGUGCAAAUCUGCAAAAGCACGCGGCCACGCUACACCGGGCUGCGAUCACGUACGCCCCGGACGGGCCGGUCCUGAUGAGCAGUGGCGAUGCGGCGGCGGCAGGGUUUCCGCCAAGCGUAACCGCCGGCAACUUCCCCCAGCCUCACCAAGCCGCGGCAGCGAUGGCAGUGGACAUGUCUGCGGCGGCAUCGCGGCAUCCUGCAGCAGUGUACUCGCACCAACGCGAGCCAUCCGCGCCGGCCACAUGGAGGCCACCAGCAUCGGCGAGCGUAAACAUACCACCUUGAUGUGCAACCGUUGAUAUAACACUGAGUAUGGACUACCGUACCACCCUGUCAACGCACUGGGCAUGUUCUCGAAGAACGCGAAACUGUGAACUUACCACCGUGACGUACCACCCUGACACAGCACUAGUGGGCAUGGACUCGAAGUACGCGUAACGCGCCGAAGCGGUUACGACAACCAAGCUAUAUUUUAUGUAACGACCAGGGCAUUUGGAUUGGGCUUAGUAUGACUGGGUAAGUGUGCAACGCAGCGUGAGGAGCACAUUUCUUGACAAGGUACCAGUAGUGUUGAAUGCAACCGGAAUAUGGUCAUUCGCCUUGGAGACGUCUGUGCUUUACAGUGCGCUGUUGUACAGUGCAGUACUUGUGCAGGUUAACUCGUUGUGAAUACUCCUGCAACAUGGAACACUGCACGGCACCAAUCUACUCUUGAGACCAAUACAACCACUUCCCUCAUUGCGGCAACAAACCUGCUCAGCCGUUCACUUCACAGGCUGCUCAAUCAACCCAGAUAGACCAGCGAGCAAGCACACGACUCAGCUCAACAAUCUAGUUCACCAGUAGUAUUAUUGGUAUCAUGACUGUAUUUCGAUGGAUUAAAAUUUGCCCUAACAUCAAAACUUGAGCGAUAAUGACAGAUGUGUUGAACAAUAUGCCACUCAAAAAAUAUUAUUGGUCUAGGAAUCUGGCUAGUUUCUACGCUAGGUUGUCAUCAAGAUUUGUUCGUUGUGAGCUAGCACGCCAUAAGUAAACAAUGUCAUACUGGAAGUCAA